AUGAUAAAUGUGCUCAGAGAGCAACAAUCAGUCUGCAAGGCUUUCACUCGAAAUAUGAAAAGCAUUUUGGCAGCUGCGUCAGAUCCAUUUUCCGAUACGAGGUUUAGACAGACGAGAGCAAGCUUGAAUGAUUUGCUGGAAGGCAUCAAUGAGAGAAUUUUAGAACUUCAACGAUUGGCAGACACCGCCACUGAAACAUCUUCUGCUGUAAGCUUAUCAAAGCUUAUUUUAGUAGUAUUACAUGCUAAUACGAGUAGCUGAAUGAUCUGCUAGGAUUAAAACAGCAACAGAUGGGAGUAGUUGAGGCUCGACUUGAAGCCCGAGAAACUGUAGAACAAGGUCGGGAGGUCCUCCGCCAAGGCAGGACAAUUAUGUUAUUUACCGUCGUCACAAUUGUGUUUGUAAGUCGCGUAAACUUUUUCUGGUCAGCAGUAUUGCUUCUCAAUCAUAUUAAUACCUCAUGUAGGUGCCGUUAUCGUUUGUAACGGGCAAUUUUGGUAUGAAUGUUGCUGAACUUAAUGAUGGCAAUCUGAAUAUCCGUCAAGAGCUCAGGUAUAUGUGUGAGCAACUUACCAUUCGGUAACCUGGGAACCUCUUACUAAUUUCCUUAGUCCCGGUAGCCCUGAGCUUCAGUAUUAUCACUCUCGGUAUCGCCUUCAAAAUAUACACAACCCCUUAAGAGGUCUCUUGUUGGACAAGAAAAGUGGUAGAAAACUAUGUUAUUAUUAACAUAACUUACGUCAUCC